AUGUAUUAAAAUAAAAUAUUUUGUGCAUUAUCUAGUAUUGCCCUAAUAUUUUUUUGCGUUAAUUUUAGAGAAUCUUUACCAGCAUUAUAUUUGGUAGAGUGCUUGAUUCUUUUCAAAACAAGUAUUUAAGCGAGUUUUAAAAGAAAUGAUAGAAUUUUUAAUGAAUUAGUGCAACAUAAAGAGUAUUAUAUAUAUUUGAUGAUUAAAGGACUCUUUCUAUAAAAGAAAAGUUGAUUUUAAUAGAUAAAUCUUUUAGAAUAAGCAGAUUGUAUAAAUUGAAAGUAAUGAUAAUUCUUGGAAUCAACAUAAUAAUUUUACUAUAUUUAGGUGCAAAUUUUUAUGCCCCUGAACUUUUAAAUUCCUUAUUAGCUUUAUAUAAAGAAUAUACUAUAAUAAUUUAAGAGAGAGUAUAAUAUUAUGUUUUUAAUUUAGAUGAAAGAUUUAACUCUAUUUUAAAAUGUAAUCUAUAACAGCAUUUUCUUUUUAAUUAGUUUUCCAUAUAUGUCAUCAGAAUUUACAAUUUAUUCAAAAGUAAAUUGGAGUUAUUUUCGAUUCUUUAAUACUAUAUCAGCAUCAUAUCGUUACCUUUAAGUAGAUAUUUGUAAUUAAUUGUAGUUUUUAGAAGCUAUAUUAUUAUUGGCUGCUUCCUUUAUGAAACCAACAUUAGCAGCAUAUCCAUUGAAUUUCUAUGCAUUUAUACUGAUUUAUGAAAUUAGUAUUUAAGAACCUUUCUUUUUUAAAACUGUAUAAUUUUAUAGUAAUUAGUAUUUAGUUUAAACAAAGUUUCAAGCAUCGAAUAAUAUGUAAAUUUUAAGUAGUAAUUUAAUACUCAUUAAUAAUAAUUUUGGCAUUAGAAUAUUCUGGAUUACCUGAAUACGGAUUAAAUAGUUUUUAAACUUUAUUAUCAGGAUUAAAAACAACUUAUGAUGGUCCUUAUUUACUUACUUUGGCAAUUGCUUAUUUUCUUAAUAUCAUAAUAGAUGUGCUUUAUAAUGUUAGAUAAUUAAGAGGAUAAGUAAGUAAAGCAAGUGAUUUAUCAAAUGAUUUUGAUUUGGAUUUAAUCAAUUAUUUAGCAUAAAAAGAAAGAUAGGAAAGGAGAUAAACAGUAGUAGCAUUAAUAAUUCAAACAUAAGACAAUGGAAUAUAAGAUUAAAGAGAAUAACCUGAAAAUGAUAAUAUUGAUAUUAAUAGAGAAGUUAGAAAAAAUCAUUUUGAACAAGAAUAAGAAAUAGAUGAUAAUUUAGAUGGGCAAGAAAAUAUUAAAAAAAAUCAUUAAUUUUUAAUAUUUAGAAUCUUAAUAGCAAUUUAAUAACUUUAUUGUGUUUUUAUUAUUAUGAGAUUUCCUUAUUUGGGAUUUACUUUAUCUAUUUUAUGGAUUUUUUAAAGUUCAAUUACAAGGAAUCCAGAAUCCAUAAUAUAAUACUUAUUUUUUGUUUAUUAUCCAACUAUAUUUUAUUAAAUAAGAGAAUGUGAAAAAUUAUUAAUAUUUGAUUAAUGUUUGAUUUGGACUCAAAUUUUUAUAUGUUUUGCAACAUUAAAAUUUUAUUUGAAUAAUAAAUAAUAAAUUUUAUCUGCAUUGAAAUCAAAGUAAUCAUUGUUUUAAUCAUAUUUUAAUGAAGAAUAAGAAGAAGAACCAUUUUAAAUUGCUUAAUUAAUUUGGGCAUUUAUUUUAAGAAAUAGUUAUUCUAUAACAUUAGUAAUUGUCUUUUGGAUUAGUUUAUUUACAGCUAAUAUUAUUCAUACACUUUUAUUGGUUACGACUAUUUUAUUUAUUGUCAGACAUGAAAAUAAAAAUAGAUCUCAUUCUUAACAUUCAUUCAGACAUCGAAAUUGGAUAUGGAUGGUUGUUAUCAUCAAUAUCAUUAUACUUUUGAAAUAUGUUUAUAUGUUAGAGAUGGUGGUAUUUGGAGAUUUUGGUUAUAAUAUAAUUGAAUUGUUUGGUCUCUAAUUUGAAUAUAAUCUACCAUUUAAUUUGGGGUUUAAUGAUAAAGAUUUUGGAUCUUUAAGUGUUUUUUGGAUGCUUGAUUGUUUUGUUAUUUUAUAAUAUGAAACAUAUAAAAGUACUACUUAUAAACAAUUGCAAGAAAACUAUUAAAAAAUGAUUUCAAAAAUAGGUAUAUUUUCAUCCAUUAGAUAAUUAUAUAAUGUAUUAUAUAUUAAAUUCAUUAUUUGGAUUUGCUAUUGGAUUUCUUUAUUAAUACUCACAUUUUAAUCUUUUAACAUUAUAAACUUAUUUCAAAUUCUCCAAUUAAUCUACAUUAUCAAAACCCAUAUUUCAGGAAUGAUUAAUAAGGAUAUUCAAUUUAGAAAAAUUUAAAUAUGUUGGAGUAUCUUUUUAAUGUAAGUUGGAUUUGCAACAUUAUUUAGAUAUUUAUUUGAUUUUUCUUGGUAUGUAUAUUAAUUAAUAAAUAAGUUUGUAAUUAUUAUCAACAUAAUUGAGAAAGAUCACAAUCUAUGAUUUUUUGUAUACACAUUAAGUUUUUAUUGGUUUAAGUAAAAGAGUGCCAUUUUUGAUAUUUCCGAAUCUUGUAUUAGAUAUUGCAGUUUUAUGUUUAGGAUAUUUAGGGUAAGAUUAUUUGUAAUAAAUGAUUUCAAUAAACGACUUAACAGUUCAUUUAUAAAAAUAAGGCAACAAUAGAAAUGAGGAUAAUGAAAUAGAAUUAGAAGAUUUAAGUAAAAGUCUUAGAGAGAAUCUUAUAAAUUCUAACAAUGAUUCUUAGAUGGAAGAUAGAUAAUCAAUAGCAGCUAAUUUUUCUUUUGAUUUUACAAUUAAAUUGUAAGGAAUUAAGUAUGUUAUUGUUUUAGUCCAUUUAUGAGUGUGAUUUUCAAAUAUGUGAGUUUAUUGUUGCCAAUUACAAUUUAUAUACUUAUAGUGAUAACAUCGAUUAAAUAUAAGAUAUCAUGUAGUAUGCUUCUUUAUUUAUUAAUUAUGUUUUAUUACAUUUACAAGACAAGACAAUAUUUUAUUGAAUAGUUUUAAAAUCAUCAAAUAACAAGCAAACUUAAUGAAAGUAUUAAUUUAAUUAAUUAGAAAUAAUAAGAUGGAGAUAUAUAUUUAUAACAAAAGUUGAGAAGGAGGGAAUGAGAGUUAGAAUGGAAGAUAAUGUAACCUCAAAAUACAAUACAAAUCUUAUUUUGACUAUCGCUAUGAUAACUAAAGACAUAAAGUUAAAAUCAUUUGAAUACAAAAAGGCUUGUUGGCUUUGUACUCUAAUAUUUAGUGUAUUAUUCUUAUUAAUUACUUAUUUAUCUUAAUCUUUAAAAUAUUUUGAAGAUUCUAUUGAUAUAAAAACAAUGAUUAAUAUUAAAUAUAUUUUAUUUGCUUUUGGAACAUACAAUGAUUAUUAAAGAGAUGAUUUGAUUGUUAAAGAUAUUUAUCCAUAUUUGAUUGCUUUGAUUAUUGUUAUUAUAGAUGUGAAAGCAUCAGACUAUUUGAAUUCUAUUGAUAAGGAUGAUUAACAUUAAGAAUAAAUGGCGAAAUCAAUUUAAAUGACUGAAUAAUAUAGAAUAUCUGGAAGAGAAUCAAUAUAGAAUUCGACUUCUUAUUUGAUUGAUAAUUUCUAUUACAAUAAAUAUCAAUUACUAAAAUUGAACUUUUAGAAAGGAGCAAUUCAUUCAUCAGAAAGAAUGUAUAUGAUUAUUUUAUUCUUUUUGGCUGCUAUUUCUGAAGGUAUUUUCAGCAUAAUUUACAUAUUAUUAUUUGCACUUGUGUUUUAUUCAUCAACUAAUUCUAAAUCUACUAUAAAUAAGUAUAUUAUUUUAUUAUUUUUUAGAGUGAGUGUAAUUGUAGUCAUUUUUCAAUAUGUUAGUUAUUUGAUAACAUUAUCUUAAGAAUCUUCUCCAAGAAUAUUACCUGAAGAAUUUAAUAAAACAGAAUAUUUGAUUUUCAAUUUCUCUAAUACAGAUUUAUUAGAUUAAUGGGGAUUGUCUGGUAAAGGUAGAAGUAAAGGAACUUUUAUAUUUAAUUGUAUAAUAAUAUUUGCAAUUUGGUUAUUCUAUUAUUUUUAAGAAGUGUUAAGUAUUAAAAUGAUUUUAUUCAUUGAUUAAUGUUAUAUCAAUAUGAAAUUGAAAAAAAAAGAAAAACAUAUCUCAUCAAAAUUUUAUAUCAUAAUCAAAAGAUUAUAUAUUAUUAGCAUUGUGUAUUUCAUAUUAUUAGUAUAACUAUCUGUGUUAUGUUACUAUUUAUUCGUGGUGUAUUAAACUAGAAUAUUAAAAACUAUUAAUUUAGUAAUGUUUAUGUUUACAAUGUAAUUUAAAUAAUACAAUUUUUAGAUUGUCACUAUUUUUUAUCGAGAUACAAUUGAAGAUACCAAAGAAAUAAACAGAAAAAAGAAAUGAUAUAUACAAAAGAAUAAUAUUUGUUUAGGAAGGAGCUAUUCUUAUAAUAUUUACAAUUUUAUUUGCAGAGAAAUUAAUUAAAGAUGAUAAUAGCACUUAAAGUAAUAUAUCAAUAGUAGAAAUAUUUAUAUUUUAUCUUUUAUAAUUGGGUAAAGAUCUUUUAGAAUCUGAGUAAUAUGAAAAGAUAUCUAAAGAUUUUUAUGAUAAUCUUGAUACAAGAUCAGAAGCUGUAGGAUUAGCUAUGAGUUUUGAAGCUAAUAAUAGAAAAUUGAUGAAAUUAAUAGAAAGAUACAAAGAUAGAAAUGAUUUAAAAGAGAGAAUAGAUACUAUUACAAAAAUGAUAAAUGAAUUUAAUUAAGACAAGUAUGUAUAUUGUAUAUCUGAAAUAGUCGUUAAUCUGAUUGUUAAGUUAUAAGUAUAUAAGAUUAAUAUAAUCCAAUGGCAGAACCUUUGAAAUUAACAAUUUACAAAUGGAUAGAAUCACAUAGAAAUAGAUUUUUAUUUGAACCAACAUUGUAAAUAUUCCAUUUUAUUGCUUGUUCUAAUUUACAAGUAUUAGAAAUUGCUGAACAUGAAAUUUAGUAUAUUUAGAAUUAAGAUUUUGAAUCAGUAAUAUCUUAUUUAGAAAGUUUCUAUAAAGAGGCUACGAAAUAUAUUUCACCAUCUUUAAGUAAAGAAAGUUUUAUGCAAUAAUUUUUAUAAAAUAAGAAAAAUUCUGGAUUUAGUCAAAAUAAUGAGAUUAGAUAAAUAAAGAAGGAUUGGUAAUGUUUAAAAGAGAAAAUAUCAGAUCAUGCUUCAUCAAAUAAUUUAACUAGAGAAGAUAUUUCAUAAUAUGUAAAUUAAUAUGAUUGGAAGAGAUUUCUUUUAGUGAUAGGACAAUUCAUAUUUUCAUUUUGGCAUUUUAUUUGUUUCAUACUAUUAAUUACUUAUUACUUUUUAAAUCAUGGUUUCUUUACAAUAAUUUUGCCUAUAUUAGUAUUUGCUUAUGGGGCAAUUGAAGAGUAAUAACCAGAUAAAUUAAUGUGGAUAUUUCCUUUUGUUUAUCUUAAUUUUUUAUGUGCUUUAGAGAAAUUGGAUGAUCUUACUCCAUUUUUAUAAAACAAUCCAUAUUUAGUAUUUUUAUUUGGAGAGAAUUCAGUAGUAUUUUAAUUCAUUACAAUAAUGGCUAUUAUUAUAUAAGUAAAUAUAAUGAAAAAUAUUGGUUUAUAUGAGAAAUUCAUAAAUUAAUAUGAAACAAUAUAUGGAAGUAUAUUAAGACAUUUAUGUAAUGGAACUUUGAAUUUGGAAGAUGGCAUUAAGAGACCUAAAUAAUAGAAAAUAAUAAGAUCAAAAAGUUAAGAGAGAUUUUAGAGUUUAAAUACAGCACUAUAGGCUUAAAGAGUUUCAAUAUAGAUGAACUAAACUUUUGCAGUGUUAUAGAAAUUGGAAGAUGAUUUGAUUGAUUAUCUAACAAGAAUCAAAUUAAUAAAACCUAAUUUUUUUUUUAGAGCUUUUAGUAAUAUGAAACCAGGGAAAGAUGUUUAUCCUUUUAUGGCUGGUAUAUAGAUUAUAUUAGCAAUAUAUAUAUUUUUAUUUUACGAUCAGAUGAAAUCAAUGGAUUCACCUUCUAUUUCAGAAUUAUUAAAGUAUAGUUAAUUUUCUGGUCAUAUGGUUGUUGCCUUAUUAUUUUAGAUUUUAUGUAUAUUAAUAGAUAGAUAUAUACUUUAAUAUAAACCAAAAUCUACUUAAUAUAGUAUUAUAGAUGUAUUUUUUAAGAGUGGAAAUAAUCUCAAUUAAAAUUAAGCGAUGAUUCAUCAAUUUAAUUAGUCUAAAAAUUAGAUGGAACCAGAAGAAAUUAAAUAAAUGGAAAUUCAGAUGCGAUAAACUGUUGGAGGAGGAUAAAAAUAAAAUAAUAAUAAUAAUGAAGAGACUAAUGUUCCAAUUUUUAGAAAAGCUAGAUCAUUGUCAUAUUCUGAAAGAAAAUAAAUUGAAUAAAAGUAAGUAGAAUAAGUGGCUUUAAGAUAUAAGUAUUAUUUUUAGGUAGUGUUAUUAAUAUCUAUAAAUCUUUAUUUAUUAUAUUAGAUUAGAUAGAGUACUUGUAAUGUAGCUGGAGAAUGUUAAUAUAUUACUUACAAUAUAUUUAUGAUUCUUUUUUACAUGUUGAUUUGUUUGUAUUUCUUUUUGUCUUCUAUUUAAAUCAAAUAUGGAAUUAAUGAUUAGAUUGUAAAAAUAAUUUAUUAUAAAAGGCUUAAAAUACUUUGAUGAAAGGAUACAAGUUCCACAAUUUUGUUAUUUUUAAAAUUUAUAAAUUGAUGCCUUUUUUAUUUGAAUUGAGAACAAUAUGUGAUUGGGCAUUUUCUGAAACUUCAUUAACAUUAUUUUAAUGGAUAAAAUUAGAAGAAAUUCAUUCCUUAUUAUAUUUGGCAAAGUGUAAUUCAUAUUUCUUUUCAAAUAAGAAAGUAGGAGCUAAGAUAGCAUUCCAUACAAAAUUUUCAUUAGGAUUUUUGGUAAUAAUAGUAUUAUUGGCUUUAUUGUUUGGUCCAAUAUUUUUAUAUUCUCCAUUAAAUCCAACAUUUUAGAAUGAUAAUUUAAUAGGAGCUAAUAUAGAAGUAGGUUUGAAAAUAAAUAAAACGAAUUAUUUUACAUUAUUUGUAAAUUCACAUGUAAGUGAUAUACAUUAGAUAAGUGAAUAUGAAUGGAAUGCAAAGAAUUUAUCAUAAUAUAAAUUUUUAAAUAACAUUGAUAAGGAAUCAUUAUAAAUAGUGAAAUUGACUCAUUUUUCAGAUACAUAUUGGGAUAUUAGUUAUCCUAGUUUAUAUUCAUUAUCAGAGAAUUUGAAAAAUGUAAUAGAUAAGAAAGGAACAUCAACAUUUAAUUUGAUAUAAACAUAUAGAUUUAUGAGAUAAUAUACAGAUUAGACAUCAUAAUUUGUGAGUGAUAAUUAUGAAUUGAAUAUAAAUACAUUAAGAUAGAUAUAUGAAUCGAUAGUAAGUUGUUAGGAAGAUAAAUAAAUGAUUGGUCCAAUAUAAUUAUAGAAGUUUUAUCAUGAUUUUAUUAGGAUAGAUAAGAAUAAGGAUAUUACAAUAUUAGAUGAGGGUUUGAUGAAUUCAGUAAUAAUAUAAUUAAAUUGUACAGCAAAUGAUUAAUUUUGGUGGUCAAUAUAUUCAGAUUAUAAAUAAUCAGUAGGUAUAAAAUUCUACAUAGUGAGUGAUAAAUAUUCAAGUGCAUUAUUGGGAUACUCAAUAUUAGGGUUUUAUAUAACAAUAGUAUAUGUGGCAGGUAAGAUGGCAAGAGGAAUAAUGUCAGGUGGGAUAGAUCUUAUAAUGUUAUAAGACAUGCCAUAUCCUGAUAAUUUAUUAAAAAUAUGUGAAGCUAUAAUAAUGGCUAGAGUAGAGAAAGAUUUAAUUUAAGAAGAACUGCUUUACUUUUAGUUGAUAGAUGUUAUAAGAUCACCAUAGUUAAUGAGAAAUAUAUCAGGUAGUUUUGUAACACAAAGAUUACAGAGAUUAGAAAUAGAUAAAUAAAUUUAGAAAAAGAAAUGAG